AGAGCUUAAAGUUAAUAACUUUUGACAGGAAUAAAUGUGUGUUGCAGGAUUGUUGCUACAGCAACUGUUGUUGCUGGCACCCGCCUGUCAGCUCAAGAUUAAACAAAACCAUACUCUGAAGAACAAAAAGCAAACAGUUCUGUUGUUGGUUAUCUAAAAUCUAAACUGAAGAUGCUGAGCAGAUCAAGUAGCCUCUGGAGAGAGAAAAGACAAUGAUCUCCAGACACGCUCCUGGACAGAGUGGUCUAAGUCUGAGGCACUGAAGGGAACGUGGGAAAACUUUGACCAUGAUGGAGUUUUUUCGAAGGUCGGAAGAUGAAGAUUAUUUCACAAAUAUUAAGUUUUUGAUAUGCAUUGCUGUGUCGUUCAUGUUCAUAGUUGGAGAUAAAUCUGUUGAUGCAUUUCCUGCUUGGACACCUCAGUUAGAAAAUACUGUACCUCCCAGUUUUUUGGUGUUCGAUGUUCACUCCACAUUCCAGCACCAGGCAAGAAAGAAGAGGUACACAUUAACUCCGCAGAUGCAGAAAUGGGAUCAUUUCAAUCUAACAUACAAAAUUCUGUCCUUUCCAAAGACCCUGAAUGAAAAGGACACAGAAAAGGGAAUCGCACUCGCUUUUCAAAUGUGGAGCGAAGUUUCUCCUUUCAAUUUCACUCAAGUUCCUGCAAAUGUCAGUGCUGACAUUAAAAUAGGAUUUUAUUCCAUAAAUCACACCGACUGCUUGGAAGUGACUUCUCAUCCGUGUUUUGAUGGAAUAACUGGAGAACUAGCACAUGCUUUCUUUCCAUCCAAUGGAGAAAUCCAUUUUGAUGAUUUUGAACAUUGGCAAUUGGGUAAAACUCGCUUCAGCUGGAAGAAAAUUGUCUGGCUUACUGAUUUGGUACAUGUUGCAGCCCACGAGAUUGGACACAGCCUUGGAUUAAUGCACUCACAGAACACAAAUGCACUUAUGCACAAAAAUGCGACUUUAAUAGGAAAAGAUAAAAUCAGUCAGGAUGAUAUCUGGGGGAUUUGGAGGCUGUAUGGUUGCCUGGACAGACUUGAUGAAUGUCCUUCCUGGGCGCAGAUGGGUUUCUGUGAAAAACAACUUUCUUUCAUGAAGAAGCAUUGUCCCUUAAGCUGUGACUUCUGCAGAGAUCCACCCAUUCCAACCAAUGCACCUACACCUUUACCUCCCAGGACUAAAGUUAGGCGAGUUUCCAAAGGGCGGAAGGUUACAGUUCAAUGUGGACGAAAGGUUGCUCAUAAGAAAGGGAUACUGCAAUGGUAUAAAGAUGACGAGCUAUUAGAGUUUUCAUAUGCUGGUUAUAUCUCCAUGAUGGGGAAUAAGCUCAUCAUUGUUGCUAAUGCAAUCAAUCAAGGAACCUACACCUGUCUAGUGAAGAAAAAAGACAAAAUUCUUACAAAAUACUCGUGGCGGUUAAUAGUUAAAGAGUAAAAGACUUUAAACAAUGUAUUAACGUGUUAAGUAGAUCAUACCCUGUACCUAGUUAUGUAAUGUUUUAUUGCAUCAUGAUGCUUUCAAUUUCCACUUAUUGUUUGUACAGUGAUCUUUAUUAAAUCUGACUGACCAAUCUGUCAAAAUGUGGAACUUAUGGCUCUUUUUAUAAAAUAAAGUAUGUUGCUUCUCACAAGGCGAGUAAAUUGACUAAGUUUAGGAAUAGUAGCACUCUACCUGUGGCCAAAGACAAAGUAACUAGUGAAUCAGAAAAGCUCCCAUCAAACCUCC